UUUUAGACUCCGCUUCCCACGCUGCCACUGGGAGUGUCCUCUGAGGUCAGACACGGCGAGUUUGUUGUUGCUAUGGGCAGUCCCUUUGCCCUCCAGAACACCAUCACAUCUGGGAUUGUCAGCUCUGUGCAGAGGGGGGGUCAGGAGCUUGGCAUGGCUCACUCGGAUAUGGAAUAUAUUCAGACUGAUGCGUCCAUUGAUUUCGGAAACUCUGGAGGCCCACUGGUCAACUUGGACGGUGAGGUGAUUGGAAUUAACACCAUGAAGGUGACAGCUGGAAUCUCGUUCGCAAUUCCAUCAGACAGACUGCGGCAGUUCCUCGUACAGGCCAAACAGAGUAAAAAGUCCUGGUUCGGAAUGGAAACGAAACAUCGAUACAUUGGGGUCCUGAUGCUGACUCUCACCCCUCAAAUCCUGAGUGAGCUGAAACUGCGAGAUCCCAGAUUCCCAAAUGUCUCCCACGGCGUUUUAAUCCACAAAGUGAUCACUGGAUCCCCGGCAUAUCUAGCUGGGGUGAGGCCGGGAGACAUUGUCGUGGAGAUAAAUGGCCGUGUGGUGAAGACGGCAGAAGAUGUUUACCAGGCAGUUCACCGGGAGAACUCUCUGACUGUGGUGGUCCGCAGAGGAAGCGAGGAACUCAUGAUCAAUAUUGUCCCUGAGGUCCAAGAGUGACGGGCGCAUGGGGAAUGAGGGUACGGCGUUUGGAGUGAGGAGUGGCUCCUGGGUAACCCUAGAGCUGACAAGGCACAGCUCAGCGUUCUGGACUGUGAGGGGGUGGGGGUGGGGGUGGGGGGGAUGGUGGGGAGGGUCUGUGUAUUUUGUGGGGGAAGGGGGAGAAUCAGUGUAUUGUUGUGGGGUGGCAGGGGCAAGGCGUUGUGUAGAAACAGUGCGUUGAGUGUGGGAUGGGAAUGGAGCACCAUGUUCACUGGCUAAGCCUGGGUUCUUGCCAUUUCAAAGCUGCCAACUGUAUCAAACGGUGAUGAUGAAGACAAUGAUGUGACUGCUCAACUUUCAGGAACGUGCACUGUGGUUGAACAGCCAGCUAGGUAGUGUAACCCUCCAGAGCAGCUACGCACCCCCCUCUGCUGGGGUAGGAGGGGAUGUUUGUGCGCCCCCCCCUCUGCUGGGAGGGGAUGUUUCUGCCCCCCCCCUCUGCCGGGGGGGGGUGUGUGUGCGCGCCCCGCACCCCUCCUGCCGGGUUGGGGG